AUGUUGGAGAUCACAAUAGUUGUCAUUACCAAUGUUACAAGAAAUGUGAAGAUUUGUAUUCGAUUUCUUCUACAACAAGGUCUUGAAUUUCAUGGUCAUGACGAGUCCCAAGAUUCUAGCAAUGCAGGUAACUUUCUUGAACUUCUUACUCUUUUGGUUGGUCAUAAUGAGGAAGUUAGAGUUGUUGCUUUGAACAAUGCUCCUGAAAAUCUUAGAUUAACUUCAUUGAAGAUUCAGGAAGACAUUGUAAAUGCAUGUGCUACUGAAACAAUCAAUUUUAUUAUUAAAGACAUGGGUGAUGUUAUAUUUUCUAUUUUAGUUGAUGAAUCUCGUGAUGUAUCUAUAAAGGAGCAAAUGGUUGUAAUGUUUCAUUAUGUGGACAAGAAAGGAUUACGAGAUCAAGGAUAUGAUGGAGCUAGUAACAUGAGUGGAGAGUUUAAUAGUUUGAAGAGUAUUAUCAUGAAGGAGAAUGAAAGUGCUUUUUCUGUUCACUGUUUGAAUAGUGACCAAAAACAUGAAGCAACUACUAUGUUACAAGUGGUACAAACAUAUGAUUUUGUGUUUAGCUUGCAUUUGGUGAAGAAUAUACUUGGAAUUACAAAUGAGUUGACACGAGUCUUACAAAAAGGUGAUCAAUAUAUUGUCAAUGCCAUGGAUUUAGUUAAAGUAUGCAAGGAACAAUUACAAAUGAUGACAGACAAUGGAUGGAAUUCUUUAGUGGAAGAAGUUUCCAAUUUUUGUGUUGAGUUCAAUAUUGAUGUUCUUAAUAUGGAUGAUUUACAACUGCAAGAGCUAAAUAGUUGUUUCAACGAGGCUAACACUGAGAUGCUACUUUGUUUGGCAUGUUUGUCUCCCAAUAGUUCAUUUUCUGCUUUUGACAAGGGAAAUUUAAUCUGUCUUGCUCAACUUUAUCCACGUGUCAUGUCUGCCGAAGACCCAUUUGAUCUAUACAGCCAGACCAAAACUACUACUCUUGCGAGCAGAAAGAAGGAGAGCAGGAAGCACCCUGGGGAAAGCAGCAGCAAUCCCUCAAGGAAAAUGACUUGGACCGAGGAUCCUCCUGUUCUUGUUCCUUCCAAGGAUACGACACCUCCUCCAGCUCCUGUCGACCAAACUUCUCCACCAACACCCAUCGACCAGACUCCUCCCCCAUCUCCCACCGACUAG